AUGUCGCACCGUGCUAUGCUCCACUUAGAAGCUCUGGAUGUGUAUGAUAGUGAAGUUGGUGGUGAUAACAUAGAUAGAAGCAGUGUAUGGCGCUGCGUCCCAGUUGAAUUCAGUCAACGAUGGGUAAUAUGUCGUCGUCUGGUUCAUUUAGUCACUAUGGACAGGCACAGCUUGGGUGAUGAUGCUGCUGCUGCUGCUGCCGUUGGCUGGUUGUGGAAAGGAUGCGUAGCUGAUCGCAGUACACUAGUCAUCGCAUCGCAUCAACGCAUUGCAUCUCGUCUCUUGUUCAGUGCCGUAUGGCCUGACAUGGCCCAGGCAUGUCUUGUCUCUUUUCGAGACAGUGAUGUAUGUGUUCACUCAACUCGUCGCCCAUACUUCAUUCAGUUGGUUUGA